UUCUCUUCUCGGUCUCCCUCCUCUCCUUCUUCUUCUCCUUCUUCUUCUUCUUUUUCUUCUCCGUCUUCUUCUUCUCCCUCUUCUUCUUCUUCCGAUCGCUUUCUCCUCUCCACAGUCUUCCUCUUCUGGAGCAUUCAUGUCUGAUUCUAGGAGCCCUUAAAUGUUGAACUUGAUGGGUGUUUUAAACGCCACCGCCGCCAAUGUCUCCUGUACUUGUAACUGCAAGCGCUACACCUCCCUCCAGAGCAUGGAAAUCACCCAGCUGGAGUUCGUCCAGAUCCUGGUGAUCGUGGUGGUGAUGAUGGUGAUGGUGGUUGUCAUCACCUGCCUGCUGAACCACUACCGCCUAUCAGCUCGCUCGCUCCUCUCCAGACACGCACCGGCUCGCAGGAGACACCUGCCACUGGCCAACGAGGGAAGCCUGUGGUCCUCUGAGGGCACGGGGACAAACAGUGGUCUGAAUGAGCACCAGGUGUAUAACCCACGCCCUCCGGACAGAGCGGCCCCCUCAUCCUACCUGCAGCGGGAGCCUCAGCACUCCCAUUCGCAGUCGCAGCCUCCACUCCAGUCGCAGCGCUUCCAGCACACGUACGCCCCGAGUCGCUUCCAGCCGACGUACCCCUACCUGCCCCAGAGCCUCAUCGAUCUGCCCCCCACCAUCUGCCUGUCGGACGGGGAGGAGCCCCCGCCGUACCAGGGUCCCUGCACGCUGCAGCUUCGAGACCCGGAGCAACAGAUGGAGCUGAACCGCGAGUCGGUCAGAGCGCCGCCCAACCGAACAGUGUUCGACUCCCACCACCCCCUCGAUCCAUCCGGCUCCUGUCUGCAGGCCAGUCUGCAGGCGCCUCCUCCGAGCGUCCACCCAGGCAUCAGUGUGCUAGAAGCCCAGGAGGCCUUGUCCCGGCAGCAGAAGCAGGGCUCUCGAGUGGAAGGAGCUCCCCCGACCUACAGCGAGGUGAUCGGGCACUACUACCACCCGACGUCCCUGACGCCCAGCCACAGCCACCGGACUGUAUCGUCCUCACAGGCGCCGCCGUCCUCGUUCAUACACGGUCUGCUCCGACCUCCGCCUCAGCAGCAAGGAAGUGUGGACAACAGGAACGCACGGAAUACCAAGGAGAAAUCCCAGAAGCCCCAGCAGGUCUGACAUUACCGCUUCCUUAAUCCUAGCCUGCGGGAGAACCAGGACUGUGUCUGCUCGCCACUUGGGGGUAGCAAAUGAGGAACAACCUGGUCGAUGAUAACAUCCACUCUGAUUGGUUCACGUUAGUCGUAGUUGUAACUGACAUGCGGUCAGAUCCCCCUCUUCACGGUUCAGGCUAGGACCGGGAAGCAGCACACGCUGGCUUCUCGUUUAGGUAAAAACUAUUGGAAACCACAUCGCUCCUGCUGAGCACAACUGCAGGAGAAAAUCUGGUACUUCCUGUUCCACGGCUUCUUACUUCCUGUCUGAGGAGCUCUUCAGAUGAACCGAUGAUGAUGUCAGAGAAGAGGGCCGAAGGUGCAGCUCCACCUCGUCCCUCCUCUAUAGACUGAUCUAUCUUGUCUUCAUUCAUUAUAAAUAUUUACUUGUCCUGUUUGUUUCUAUAGAGCAUUUUUGUUUGUUUUUUUUUGUUUUUUUUUUUUUUGCGCUUACAGAAAAAUUCCUAUCCAGGCAAAUGGCGAAAUGUUGCAAUCUUCUUGGUUCUUCCAGGUCUUGGUUUUUUUUUUUUUUUUUUUUCUGUUUUCUAGUGAUAAUCGCCCUCGCUGCUUCGGCUCCACUUCGUUCUGUUUCGCAGUCCAACGUCAGCAGUGACUCCUGCACCAGGCUUUAGCUACAUCACUGGGACACGUGAGCACAUUAGAAAUGUUUCCAGAAAAAGAAUUUAGAUUUAGUUAGCGUGAUCUUAAACUAGCUUACCAGUUGUAGCACAGUGCUGAAAGUCCUUCGAGCUAAAAAAAAAAAAAAAAAUGUUCUGCCUUAUGUCGACCAACUUGAUGCAGGAGUUGUCGCUAAAAAUCCUUUUUUAGUUGUUUAUUUUAUGUUUUCUAAAGAAGGUUUGCACAAAGUUCAAGACUGUUCACCGCAGAAAAAGAAAGAAAUCCGCAAUAUGGUCGCUAAGAGAGAAAACAGAGAAAGUAGGGGUAUUUUUCUAAACUUGAUAGAUUCUUAAAAGUAAAAAAGAUGUUGUUUUUUUUUGUUUUAUAUGUUGUCUAGUUUUAGAAAAAGAAACAAACAUGAGAAACCUGUUGGGGUGCCAACUUUCACAUCGAACAUUUUGCUACAUACAUGUUGGCAUGUAUAUACGUUACAGACUGAGUAUAUAUACACACAUGUAUGCAAACCGAGAGCGAACUUAAAAAGCACGAAUUUAGAGUUAUUUAUAUAAAUGCUGAAAAGAAUUGCACUAUUUUCUAGGAUGCGCAGAUUGAACGUGUGAGAGAGACUUUUAUUGUGAAGGAGCUCUGUCCAUUGAGGCGUGUAACAGAACCGAGAGAGGGACCAAUCAGAGGGUCGGAACCAGCGCAGUGCACAGCGUCCAGUAUCACGGUAACAUAUCAUAGAGAGACUCUGACUUUGGCUCAACAGACUCGGAUCAACCAUUUCUGUACCAUUGAUUAAAGAAGAAAAGAAAUCCUACAUUUAUGCAAAUAUCCGAGUCCUGUGAGCCAAUCACAAGUCAGCAUUCGACCCUGUGGGGCCCAAUCAGAAACUCUGCUCGUAGCGCUCUCUCUCUCUCUCUUUCACCCCAUUGGCCGAAAUCAUUAGCCAAUCCCAAAGCUGGCUGUCACUACCUCGACCAAACAAGUCAAGCACAUACGAGUUUGUUAAUCAGACCGUGUCACACCGACGGACGUCUGAACUAAUCAAGACAAUGUGAAAUGUAACAGUAGAGCAGAGUUGAAGUAGAGCAGAGGAUGUAGUUAGUCUUUAAUCCUCCCGCGGGUUUAUUUUUAUUUUGAAUGUCAGAAUCUUUUUUUGUUCGUUGGGUGAAAAGAGAGAGAAACGCUGCAGAUCCAGUGACACCUCCUGUCCCCUCUGUAGUGAACUACUGAGGGAGGAAGCCAGGUCGCCCUACAGGCCGCAAAAGAGUGAUACUGGGACUGUGCACUGCUGUGACACACACACACACACACACACACACACACACACACACGUGCACACAUUAGACCAACACUAGCCAUGUUUCUGUAAAAUGUCAAGCAAUUGCAUUUCCGUAAACUGUUUUGAGCGAAUGACCUGGGCCACGUACAGCGUCGUUUCAUCAGAGGACAGAAGUAAACAACAAAUCAGUGGAAGUAAACAGGAGGUAAACAAACCAGGAGGCAGAAUGGAGAGCAGUCUGCAGGAGUUACAUUCAGCCACGCAUGCCGUCUGGAGACGACGAAGAAAUGCAGCGAUUAUAUUACGAGCUGAAUGUUCGCUACGUCAGAGUUUAUUCGGCGAAUCUGUUUUCCAUCGAACAUUUUGCACAUUAACUCUGAUUGAUGACAAAAAAAAAAACAUCGCAAGCGAGCAAACAAACUUUCAGCAAAUUUUGCCUUUUCCAUAAAAUUUCUAAUGCGAUAUUCUUCAAAAUGCUUUAUGGAAACAUGGCUACUGUUGGUUUAUCUCCUGCCUUCUCAACACACACACACACACACACACACACACACACACACACACACACACACACACUCCUCUGGUGAGCCCUUCUCUCUCGCAGGCAGCUCUGAGCACUUUACUGCAGCGGGAAACGAGACAACAAUCUUUUGUCAGCCAGCGUCAGACGAUGAACCUUAAAAACAAAAAAAACCUACAGUAGAAUUAGUUUGAUAGCUCAGAUCCAGCGACCUGUACAGCCACACUUUUAAGAGACGCAAAGUGUUUUGUUUCAAAACUUUAAACAUUCUCCAAGUGGGAAACAAAUCAGAACCUCACUGCUGGGAAUUAUUGAUUUAUUAUUCAGAAGUCCGCGCUAGUUUCAGGGCUGGGUGUCAUAUCAGAUGUUCAAAAUCAACAUUUUCAAUAUUUCACUUCAAGAAGUAUAGUUGUGUUUUUCCUCAAAACACUUUUUUAAUGUCUUAAAUGUUAAAUGUUCAUCUAACAAGCAGUAUAGCUUACAGCGGUUCGAUACCCAGCCAGAGACCAAGAACACGUGACCUUGUGUCCAGUUUUAAUUGAUUAUUUGGCAUCUUUUAUUUUAACCUCUUGGUGGAUGUUGAAGUUUUGGAGCAGAACUCUUUGUGCCCUGAACGCAGCACGAGAUGGGUUGUUAAAAACCAGACACGCUGAAGUGUUGAAAAGUGACACGAGUGUUGUUAGCGGCUCGUCUUUUGUCGUCUCCUCGAAAGUGUGGAAAUAAAAGUCCAACUUUAGUUUUGAUCAAGUAGAAAUUGAUGCUUUUAUACGUUUUGUUUUUUAUGCUUGUACGUAGCAUUAAGUGUUACUUCCUCUGUCUUGACCUGUUGGUCUGAUCGAUGUGAAGUGGAACAGAGAUCCAAAUGACGCCAGCGCCCUUUCGUGUCCAGCCUUUAUGCAACAGCGCCCUCCACAGGGGCCGAACCAAACCACAGCCAAAACUCCUGAAGCUAAGUCAGCCGAUCUAUGUAGAGGAGAGAGUGAAAAGGCCAAAAAAGUGAGAUUUUAUUUUCUGAAACCCUUCAUCUUUUCCCAGUUCUCAGAUUAAUCACAGGCCAGUUUGUUCUGUCAGAGUUACAAAGUCAAACGUCUGUUUUUUUCCGAGAGAUAAAUCUUUUAACCUGUGAGGUUGUUUCCAAAAUCCUCGAGGAGUCUUCUUACGAUCUGGAGAUGUGUUCAGUUUGCUGUACAACACAAAAUGAUUGUUCAUUUAUUUCUCGAGUUGUGACUCGAGACCUGAAAUGACGGUUAAAUAUCUUUUUUUAUUGCGCAGCAGGUGGAAUAAUUUGUAUCUGGAACAAACUAGUUUGAGGAUUUAUUUUGGAAACACAGAACAGGGUGUUACCUCUCAGAUAAACAGAUGAUUAGCUCUGUGACGUGACUGAUUGAAAGUCUUUCUAAACGCCAAUGAUCCAAUUAAAUUAGAUUUCUUUGUGUCCGUGUUAAAAGGGACAUCAGAAUAUUACCUGUAUUUAUAAAAUCAGACUCCUCCUCGGAUCAGCAGCAGGAGUAGCUUCUCUGUUGUUGAAUGAAUUCUGCCUUAAACUUAAAAAACAAACAAAAACAAAGUUAAUCAUCAUAUAUGUUCACUGCUUCUCUUUUUCCUUUGUUUCCUGUGCUGCCCCGCCAUUUUUUUUAUUUACUUGAAAAGCACUCGAAGGGAAGAAAAAUCAUGAUAUAGAGACCCAAAGCAGCUGAAGGAGUGACGACUCGAUCAAUCAAAGUAUAAAUCAUCUUUGACCCAGUCCCAGCAUGAGAUUAGAUAACUUAUUAUACUUUCCUUUCCUUUCCUUUCCUUUCCUUUCCUUUCCUUUCCUUUCCUUUCCUUUCCUUUCCUUUCCUUUGUGUUUCGGACUGGGCUGUUGCCUUUUUUAAAAGAGUUUGGUUUCCUGCCCUGGAGGGUUCGCAGCGGGUAUGAGAAGGCUGGACAGGCUCCGAUCAGGGCGUCAUAGUAGAAACUAGUGAUAGAAAUGAUGAUUUAAUGUAAUGUACCUUUUAAAUUCAUGAGAAGUUUAAUAGUGUAGAAUCAAUCUCUCGCUUCAGGGAAACUCUGCGCUGGCUGACGAUACAAAAAAAAUUAAAAAUUAAAAAAAGACGGGAGGAGAGGAGGGACAGAAACUCUCUGAGAGGCUGGAAUCACACAUUAAUUCUUCACAGUCAGGACGAUUACAGCGACCAGCAACAUUUCCUCCUAAGUUCAGCUCAAGUUGAGUCAGUUCAGCGGAAUCGACUUAAACUGCAGCUCACACACGAAACCAAUCAGCUCCACGCCAGAAAUAAUCAGGAUCUGUUUGAACUGGUCGCACAUUUCUCCUCGCUUUAAGCCAGCGUGAAGGAAGCGUUACAGCAGAGUGUUAUUGUAAAGUCAGCAGACAGUGUCGUUCCCAGGGCAGAGUGUGUGUGUGUGUGUGUGUGUGUGUGUGUGUGUGUGUGUGUGUGUGUGUACGUCUGUGUACGUGUGUGUGUGUGUGUCUGUGUGUGUGUGUCUGUGUGUGUGGUGUUAAUGUACACUGACUUGCCCUGGGAAAGACCUCCAGCUGUCUAGACAAAAACUAAACACACACACACACACACAGCAGACUAAACACACCAGACCUUCCACACACACACACACACACACACACACACACAGGUGCACUUUCAUUACAUGUCUUUAUUCUUAUUGUGGACCACACAGGAGAGCAAAAACAUUUAUCUCACCUGCCUCGAGAGUCGCCCUCCUCCUCCUCCUCCUCCUCCUCCUUCUCGAGCUCUUCCCGCCCCCUGACAGAUGCCUGCUGUCCAAUGACAGAGCUCCUCUCAGACCAGCCGCUCGCUGCCAUUGGCUGGCUGUCUUUUGGUUUUUUUUGGUCUCCCACAAGGAAAACGUUCGCCGUUUAUUGUCGUUUGCUUUGUCGUACGAGUGUGCCUGCCUGCGCUGAGACGGGGCAAAAUGUGAGUGGCCAGUUCGGGCUGUCAAUCAUCCCAGGCCACGCCUCCUUACUGUCUCAGAUGAUGAUGAUGAUGAUUGGGUGAUGAUGAUGAUGAGAUUGAGGAUGAUGAAGAUAAGAUGUUUUUUGAUAGUGAUGCCGCAGAGAGCGUUGCAAUACACCUACUAUUUGCCUUUUUGAUAAUAUUAGUCAUAUUUUAACGUAGUGUGCUAAAUGUUAAGUUUUUUUUAUUGUUAUUGUUGUUAUUGUUGUUGUUUAUUCACUUGAGAACAAAAAAAAGGUCAUUUUACUUCAAUCCAUCGAUCACACAAGACUUUUUGUUUGUUUGUUUGUUUUUUCCAUUUGUGAAACCGACGUCGAGAGUUUAAAACUACCUAACACACGCACACAAACGCUGCAGAUCACUGGGACGACGUGUAAAUACCAGAUACUUCUGCUUUUAAGUGCCCUUCUCCAGUUUCAGAGAGCAAACGGCGAGAGAUGUUUCAUCCGAGAACAGCUCGCGUUGGACUUCAUUCAGCGCUGAGGUCGAUUUUCGGUAACAAGCGCCAUUUUGCUCGCGCACUUACAAGUUCAAGUAUUCUUCUUUUGUGUCCUGGAAAAAAAAAAAAAGCCCAGUUUGUCCACCUGCUUCUCUAAUCAUCACCUCUCCUCGCCCCGGCCCAGCGUCUACACGUGUGCCUUCUGGUGUUCCGGGCCCAAACGGAGACUUCAUCCGUCUGUUUUAAGCAUUUUAGUGCAAUGAACCCCCACAAAUACUCCAAAACUUGCCUUGUGACACUGAGACAUCAGAUAACACCAAAACAUUUGAAUAUACCCAGAGCCAUCGUGUAUGGAAGCCCACUGAUGCCAGAAAAAGGUGACGACACGUCCUUAUUAUGAACAUCUGGGAAAAAUGUUUUCUGAAAAAAUGUUUUGGAUGCAGCUGAAAACUUCAUAAAAAACUGCUGCUUUUUUCCCCAAAAUAUAAAUAAUUAUGACUUUGUAAACCAGAACAAUUCAUCUGUUUUAUCUGUCAUAAUACUGAUUUAAAAAGGACGUUUUAGGUUUUUUAUUCCUGGCGAAUAUGGGCUUCCAUACUGAUACAAAAAGAUGCUGAAUGUUUUAAAAAUUUAGCUCACAGGUUACUUAUGUUGCGUUCUGGAGACGUCAGAAAGUCGAACAUUGUGACAACAUCUAGAUUUAAUUCUGCUGGAGUUGUGUUUGUUAGCACAGCGUGACCUUAAAGGUCCAAUAUGUCAAAUAUUGGCGUCAGAUUAAUACACCAGAUAGCUAAGUGCUGCUAACUGAAGCCACUGUUACCGAGCUCCUGGUGUUUACAACCAGCUUUGAUCGGGUCAGGACGGUGCUAGCCGGUUAGCAUGCUAACAUCAUAAAUCACAGACAUCCCAAUGUCAAAACGACUAUUUCUUCACAUUCUGUUGAUAGUUUUUGAACCUUUCCAAGUUAAAUUCUUACAUAUUGCACCGUUAAACGCAUCGCACUAGCAGAGUGCUAACAGUUCAGUGUCUGAGUCGCUCUGAUCUAGAAAACAAGAUUUUUUUGUUUUACUUCCUGACAUUUCACAGAACGCAACGUGAGAAAUGGCGCCAACAUGGCGACCAUGAAAACAAAGUAAACACACACAGUACAGGCAGUUUUUCUGUCCACGGCAUCGUUAAAGACAUUUCCAAAGAAGGAAUCAUCCUAAACGAGACUCUUAUCUCUGAAAAAGACAAGAGUUACACCUGACUUGAACUUUUCUGUUUUUUUUUAUUAUUUUCUUUGGGCAAACAGUUUUUCUUGACAAACACCUUCGUCUGGUUCUUGUGACUCUGUUGAUGACAGCAAGUAUUUUAAAUCCAUGACAACAAAAACUUGUUGUGUUUUAAAAGAAGAACUCAUGAAGAACUUCUUCUUCUUCUUCAGACUGGAGGAAGUCGACCUGUGAGAGAAACUGUUUCCUCCCUCUUUGUGUUUUUUGCUCAUUCUGCAUCGUUGUGUUCUGUUCUGCUCGCUCUGCUCUUUGAAUCAGCGCUGCACGGCGCCUUUUUCCUCCGACAAUGUUAAAGAAAAACACUCUCUUUCGGUUGCAGUUUGUAUGUGUGCAUAUUCAAACAAGCCUCGAUAUCUUACAGGGACUCGGCAGCGCUCUGAUGCUGGUCCGCCGCAACGACUAUUGUAGAAGUCUUCCACCUGUUUUCCAGUUUUAUCCUGCAAGCAUGUUAAAAAAAAUAAAAAAAAGUGGGACUUGUACAAUAGAGCCGUUCGUUCUGGUCGGGAUUCCUGCACACAGCUGGUCCAGAUGUUUUGUUUUUUUUGUUUUGUUUUGUUUGAAAUCAAGCUGUGAUUGUGUCACUGAACAUGAAUAAUCAUCAGCUCUGGAGAGAUCUGUGAAAUCUCUCCAGACAUCAGGCGAAACGUGUAGGAAUCCUGAUCCGUUUGUAGAAAAAAAAUAAAACGUCGGUUUUCCCGGAAAUCAACUUCGGCACCGGGCUCAGAAUUCUUCCAAUCGUAGUGGGAGGCCGACGAACCCGCUGCCGAAGUGUUGAGGGUUUAAAUCCACUCUUCUUUAUCCGUCACAGCAUGGCUCACAUACUUAUAUAGAGGCCUACUUAUUCUCAAUGAUAAUAAUUGCUUAUUUGUGUAUUAAAAACAGUUUAUUUUAAUUUAUAUUGGAUGGUCUACGUGUUGCAAAGGUUUGUUACGUUGUUAUUUUUCCUCUCUGUUUGCUGACAAACAGAAGACAAUGGUUUAUCGUUGUUGUCACAGAACAUGGUAUGAAUCGGACACAUUUCAGUUAGCCUUCGAUUUAAAAAAUGAAUAAAAACGUUUUAUAAAUA